AUGCCGUCUAGAUACCUAACUCGAAAUGCAAAGGCGGUUCUUGGUCAGGGUUCUACCCUGAGAUAUCCAAUUCCAAGCACCAAAUGGUGUCAUUGUUGCACAUUGACACCAACUAGGACAUAUUUUAAAGCAACAGAUAUUUCAAUUCCUGCAACCGGUGAUAUUCCAAUCUCCGAGAAGAUUACUUCAGAAUUCCCCAUUCAGAUUCAGGUUUCUGAUUCUCCAGCUGCUUCCAUGAUGUACCCACCUAAACGUCAAAAGACAACUCCCAAUCAUACUGGCAGCCCAAGGCUGGCAAAGAGGGGAAAAGCAAUACGCAGCAUCUAUGAUUCUACAACAAUAUCAAGUACAAGCAAUGUUGAAGUGCACUUGGAGAAAUUAAUUUCAGAAGUGAUCAUCCCUCACAUUCUGGAAGAUGAAGAACUCAAAGUAGGUGCUGCUCUCUCUCCACCCCAUGUGGUUGUAUCCGACAAACAUCUCCCAACUAGGGAGGCUAAUGAAGCCUCAAGUAUAGUUGGGAGUGGACCAGAAGGGAGUGCCAGCAAUGGUAACCAAAGGGAAGAGAAUCUAGGCCGAACUUUGAGUCCUGACCUCACGGAAAUGACUGAAAUGUUGGAUGACAUCUCUUGUGAUCUCGAUGAAGUUGGGUCUUUCCUUGAUUCUACAUUGGUCACCGUUAAUGGGUAUGUAGUGAAGCCGGAAUGGGGAUCUCUCCUUAGGGCCAUAUUUUCGAGAUAUGGAGAUAUUGCUAAGGAUUGCUCUGUUGUGAGUAUUAGAUCUCGUUCAUCUUUCCUGGAGAUGAUCUGUGAGAUCAUCCAGAAACUACAUGAUACAGAAUUCAUACGUAUCACGCCCGUAGACCUCAAAUCCAUGCUUGAUCAAGUUCGUGAUCUGGAAACUGUAAGGAUGGAGGUUGGAUGGCUGCGUGAGAGGCUGGAUGAUAUUUUUGAGGCCAUGCAGCUGUUCAGGGGCUAUAGCACCCUAAAGGAGGCACAGAGAAGAAAAGUUCCAGCCAUUGAGAAAAAAAAGGAAGAGUUAAAAAGCAUCAACAUGGAGAUUGUAGAUUUACUGGAGAAGUUUGUAUUUUUAAAGGAGAAAGCCGCCUUAGCAGAGGAGGAGCUGACUCCAAUGAAGGCCGAGGCUGAGAAGAUUGAUGAGACAGUCUCAGAGACAAAGGCAAAAGUGAAAUGUUUUUAUCAAAAGUCUUUGGUUCAUGGCCUAGUUUAGUUUAAUCUCUGCUUGAUAACUUUCGUGGUUUGUAUUCGUUACCAAAAAACAAAACUUCUGUGGUUUUUUUUUAUAAUGCCUUUCGAAGGUAAAUGUUUAUUAUAACUUAUAGCUUAAGAACCAUCUGGAGCUAACAAAGUGUACUA